AUGCCGCGCGACCGCAGCGCGGAAGAGAAAAAGCGAAAGCGGAAGGCGCCGUCUUCAUCGUCGUCUUCACCAAAGCCCCGCAAGCCCAAAAAGAAGCGCAAGAAGAAGAGCUCGUCGUCCUCCAGUUCCUCCUCUUCGAGCUCUGCCCCACGGCAGCGCGCCGCGACAUGGCAAGGCUAUUGGCCGCCAGUCGCCAUGCCAUACGCCUGGCCAGGAGGCUACGGCUGGCCGGGUUACGGCUGGCCCCCUGCGGGCGCCGUCCCAGGCGGCGCCCAUGCUGCUGGACAUGCAGGAGGUCGGCGCGAGUCUUCCCGAAGCCCGUCCAAAGAGCGGUCGCGCGAGCGCGAGAAGGAGAAAGACAAACAGGAUGUAGCCAUAUUCUUGGACGCGGGCGUCGAGGACACCGUAGCCGUGCCAAAGUCGUUCAUCGCCCGCGUCAUCGGCAAGAAGGGCGCCACUAUAGCUGAGGUGAGAGCUAAGAGCGGCGCCUGGAAGGUCGAUGCCAGAGACCAGAGCACCGACCCCUGCCAAGUGAAGCUCCAGGGCACGCCGGAGGCGGUGAAGAAAGCACGGGAGCUGAUCUUGGAGCUUCUCAAACCCCUCCGCGAGAAGCACACGGACUCGGAGUUCGUGGAUAUCUCGCAGGGGCAGAUCGGGAAGGUGAUCGGCCUCAAGGGGGCGCGCGUGCACGAGAUCGAGGCGCAGACGGGUGCGAAGAUAGACAUCGACUACAAUCGGGAACCGUGCAGGGUUUACCUGACGGGCGACACCGACAAAGUCCAGACCGCCAAGCAGCUGCUGACGUCGAUUGCAAACGACACCCUUGGGUCGUAG